UCGUGGUUUCUCUGGUCUUUCGUACGAGGAGCCACGGGCAGACAGGAUCCAACGGUUUUAUCACCCUCCCAUCGGCUUGUUUAAACUGAGUGAGGCUUGCAGCUGUUCUGGUGCACGGCGUAUCUCUGCUGUCGUGUGUGUGGGGGCACAGGCCUUACUUAGCCUGUCACACUCCUUCAAGCGUGACCUCUUGGGCUGUGCCGGGCACAGCAGCCGCCAGUUUCACCCCGGGUCUUAUCUGCAGUUAACCAGGCGUGAAGGUCUGAUGGCAGCGACGGCGGGCUGACAGACCGGGGGUCCUCGCCUAGGGAGGGUCCUGUGUUCCAGACCCGUUCGAUGUAGACCUGCUCAGAGGACUACCCAGCUGGCGCGCACCUACUGCAUGUGUGGCUGAGGUUAAGGUGUAGGGCGCCGUGAAGAGAGGAGGAUCCCACAGUUUCGAGCCCACACCCUUUGGAGAGAAGCUGCGUGCGUGGGACCGUCAACAGCCUCCCUUUGGAAGUGGAUGCUGCAGGCCCAUUUGAACGGCGCAAGGAGAGACAGGUUCCCCUGACACCCAUCGAAGAUCAUCAGUAGAUGUUGCUGCACACGUGAAGACAGGACCAUGGCCUCAGCCAGCUGGGCCUUCUAGGAGAUGCCCCAGUGCUGACGGAGGAUGAAGGCCAGGGGCUGACUGUGCCGUGGGAUUCGCCGCCAUGGAUUCGGAAGCCCAGCAGAAGCAGGGGAAGGAGCUGGUGUUGCCAGCCUCCCCGGCUCAGCGCCUGGCUGGCGUGACGCCGGGCAAGCACUACCUGUGCGGCUCCUGCGCGGCGGUCACGAACAUCGCCAUCACCUUCCCCAUCCAGAAGGUCCUGUUCCGCCAGCAGCUGUACGGCCUGAGGACGCGCGACGCGGUCCGGCAGCUGCAGAAGGACGGCCUGCGCAACCUCUACAGGGGCAUCCUGCCGCCGCUCGUGCAGAAGACCUCCACCCUGGCGCUGAUGUUUGGCUUGUACGAGGACUUCUCCAGCCUGCUGCUCCGGCACACCAGCGCCCCCGAGCUGCUGACCCGCAGCCUGGCGGCCGUGCUGGCGGGGACAACGGAGGCCAUUUUCACCCCCUUCGAGAGGGUCCAGACGCUCCUGCAGGACCACAAGCACCACCACCGUUUCAACAACACGUUCCACGCUUUCCGCAGGCUGCGCAGGGAGCACGGUUUCCGGGAGUACUACCGAGGCCUGGGCCCCAUCCUGCUGCGCAACGGCCCCAGCAACGCCCUCUUCUUCGGCCUGCGGGGUCCCAUCAAACAGUGCCUCCCCGAGGCCAACACGCGCGCCGCCCACCUGGUCAACGACUUCAUCUGCGGCGGGGUCCUGGGGGCCAUGCUGGGCUUCCUCUUCUACCCGCUCAACGUGGUGAAGGCGCGCAUGCAGUCGCAGGUCGGCGGGGACUUCCCCUCCUUCAGGACAGUGCUCGUCACCAUCUGGCGCGAGCGCGAUGGCAAGGUGACGCACCUGUUUCGAGGGGCCCACCUCAAUUACCACCGCUCCCUUCUCUCCUGGGGCAUCAUCAAUGCCACAUACGAGCUCCUGCUGAAGCUGCUGUGAGGGAGGAGGGCAGCGGCAAACUCUGUCGGAGAGGGUGAUGCCAAGAAGGGACAAACAGGACCAGACGAGCAUGAUCUGGUGCAAAGGAGCACUGGUUUUCUUGCAAAAACAGGUUGGGGGAUGUUUCUAAAAGUGACAAACUCGUGUAAGAGCUGUUUUUGGUGCUCCUAAUGUUCCUCAGCUGGGCUUCUUUUCAAAAGGUUUUUCAGCUUCUGUCAUUCAUUACCCAUCCUACAGAGUUCUUUCAGUAAAGCUUUUCUGCUGAGCGGUUUCUCUUUAGCAGAAAAUAUUCAGCAGAAGGGCUUGUUUUGUUAAGUUUUUGAGGUGCACCCUCCCACCACAUCUUAUAAGGGAUCCCUGCCUCACAUACAGGUCUGUGUGCACCAGCAUUGCGUUUCAGCUAGAAUGGUACUCGUGCCAAGUGAAUUUCCACAGCUCACCUCGCCUUUCUCAGGAGAGGAUCAUCCUUUGACUCUUCUGCAGCCCAUAACAUGAAAGCAAAACUUUCAAAUGGGAGCUGUCCAACUUCAUCCUUAUCAGGGCAUCGGUAAUGGCACUAGACUCUGUCAAUAGUCAAUAUAAAGAGAGAAAAAGCGUUUUAAAACGGUGAUCUGAAAUGUUGGGAAUUAGAGAAGGAAUACAGUGCUGCUGCUCAGGGAGGUGCAGACAUAGCACAGUGCUGGCAACGUUUUCAAAGACAUUCAGAGCUUCUUGUUUUUUGUCUUUUUGAACUCGUAAUAAAACCCCAUACGUUUUUCAACACUCUUCCAUAUUUGUUGUUGCCUGUCAUAACCUCCAAUGUUGAUGGUUGCUUUUAGGAAACUGGGUGACACAUUUUACAUUGCAGGACACUCUGCAAAUGACUUGGGGGGUGUCGGCACCUUUAAUUCAGACCCGUCAAGUAACAUUACGAUGGGUCUCGUUUGUGAACAUAGCAAAUGUUCUCCUUGCGGACUAUAAUCCUACAGGGAUGAACUGUUCUUUUCAUGCGUCGCAUGAUACGUCAUAUUGUGCUGGGGGGGAAAAUGGUAAAUUUCGGAUUCAGGAGUCGAGAACUGAGAUGUAAGAACACACAGCAUAAAUUAUAAGCACUUGAGUUUCCCAGCCUUGCUGCAGAGGGUGAUCUGAUAAAGAAUCAGAUUCUUAAUGCUCUUCUCUGCAACCCUUUUAAAUAUUAAACAGUAAACAGAUUCUCUCUGCACUGACAAGGCCAUCCUCAGUAUAUCUGUGAUAGUUGUCAAAGGUGAAAUAUCACCUGUUUAUGUAUUCAGAUGUAAGGAAUCCACACUACACAGCUGUAUAGCACAGCUGUACUGAUCAGCAGGCUUCAGAUACUUUUUUUUUUGCAGUAUAAAAUACACCAGUGCUCAGUUGGAAUAGUAUUACUAGACUUCUUUUUUUUAACAGUAAAGCCAAUUAAAAUGGUUUGCUCCCUUA